AGGCUGGGACUUUGCCCGCCUUCCCAGCACGCCUGGAAUGUCAACAGACCGUGUGACACAGGCCUCGCCAUGGUGUCUGGGUCCCGCGGGCCGGCCCUCCUCUGCUCUCUGCUCGGCCUGCAGGCAUCUCUGGCCGCAGUCUUCCUCACCCAGGAGGAGGCCCACGGCGUCCUGCGCAGGCACCGGCGCGCCAACUCGUUCCUGGAGGAGCUGAGGUCCGGCUCCCUGGAGCGGGAGUGCGGAGAGGAGCGGUGCUCCUUUGAGGAGGCCCGAGAGAUCUUCCAGAACGCCGAGAGGACGAAGCAGUUCUGGGUUUCUUACAACGAUGGGGACCAAUGUGCCUCGAAUCCGUGCCAGAACGGGGGUUCCUGUGAGGACCAGCUCCAGUCCUACAUCUGCUUCUGUCUCGACAAUUUCGAGGGCCGGAACUGUGAGACAAACAAGAAGGACCAGCUGAUCUGUAUGAACGAGAACGGAGGCUGUGAGCAGUACUGCAGCGACCAUGCAGAGACCAGCCGCUCUUGCCGGUGCCACGAGGGGUACGCGCUCCAAGACGAUGGGGUGUCCUGCGCUCCCACAGUGGAGUAUCCGUGUGGAAGAAUACCUGUUCUGGAAAAGAGAAAUGGCCGCGACCCCCAAGGCCGAAUUGUGGGUGGCAAGGUGUGCCCCAAAGGAGAAUGUCCCUGGCAGGCUGCACUGAAGCUGGACGGCGUGCUGGUGUGUGGGGGCGCCCUGCUCGACACUGCCUGGUUGGUCUCUGCAGCCCACUGCUUCGACAGAAUCAGGAACUGGGAGAACCUGACGGUGGUGCUGGGCGAGCACGAUCUCCGCAAGGAGGAGGGCGAGGAGCAGGAGCGGCACGUCGCCCAGAUCAUCAUCCCCGACAAGUACAUCCCCCGCAAGACGAACCAUGACAUCGCCCUGCUGCGCCUGCGGACGCCCGUGGCCUUCACCAACCACGUCGUGCCCCUGUGUCUGCCCGAGAAGGCCUUCUCCGAGAGGACGCUGGCCUUCAUCCGCUUCUCCACCGUCAGCGGCUGGGGCCAGCUGCUGGACAGGGGCAUCACGGCCCUUGAGCUCAUGGCCAUCGACGUGCCCCGGGUGAUGACCCAGGACUGCCAGGAGCAGUCACACAGGAAGGCGGGCUCUCCGGCAAUCACCGAGAACAUGUUCUGCGCCGGCUACCUAGACGGGAGCAAGGAUGCCUGCAAGGGGGACAGCGGGGGCCCGCACGCCACCAAGUUCCAGGGCACCUGGUACCUGACGGGGAUCGUCAGCUGGGGGGAGGGCUGUGCGGCCGAAGGUCACUUCGGGGUGUACACCAGGGUCUCCCAGUACAUCGAGUGGCUGCGCAGGCUCAUGAGCCAGAGCCCAACCUCGGGAGGCCUCCUCCGGGCCCCACUGCCCUAGCCUCAGUGCAGGGCCACCCUAAUAAAGCUGCCACUCGUCCCUGCUCUGUUCCAGAAACACCCUGCACCUCUGGAGUGGGGGAAGGGGGUACAAAGCUGGCUGAGCAGGAUGUGCCCGGGGGGAGCACCGAUGUGCCUGCCAGGGAGGGGACACACUGUUUCCCAGGGGACCGUGCUCCCCUGAUGGCCGUUGUGGUGGUGCGUGUGCACGUCGGCAUGCAUACAUUGGUGCCUACACAUCGGCACACACACACCUGCAUCCACACAUCGGCGUGCUUACACUUGCGUGCUCACACUGGCACACACACCUGUGUCCACACGUUGGCGUGCUCACACUUGCGUGCUCACAUCUUUACGUUCCAUUCCUGUCUUCUUGCACAAGCAUGUCACCCUCAUUUCACCUACACGGGAAGCAUCAUCCAUUCAUCCUGGGGACUAUCCUUCCAGAUCUUUCUGUGUAUGUAGCUUUGACCAUAAAAUGUGAGGCUGUCA